UCGAUCUGCAACGAGCGCACUGCUCGUCAAGUGAUACGUCCUGCUGCAAGUCGCGUAGGCUCUGUCUCUCUCGCGGGAGAGUCAGUGGUGUCGCUGGAAGAGAUGCCGGUCCGCCGCCGCCGCCGCCGCGAGUGACUACGACGAGCAGUGCGCGCGAGAAUCACUUUCACGCACCCGGCGCAAACGGACGGAGGCGCUGAGCAGCAGCCCUUGCGCUCGGCUCGCCUCCAGCGACUGGCACCAUGAUUACCGGGCGGCUCGUCGCGGCCCUCGGGCCGCUGCAGCUCUGCUGCUGGCUGCUGCUCGCCUGCGCGCCCGCCGGCCUCGCGGCCAUGGGCAGCAGCUGCAACGCCUGCCGCAUGCACGAGGAGAUCCGCGCGAUGAGCCUCGAGGCCAUCAAGGAGCAGAUACUCAACAAGCUCGGACUGAAGCAGGCGCCCAACAUGACCGGCCGCGCGCUGCCCAGGAUCCCGCCGAUCUCCAAGCUCAUGGACAUGUACGGCAUGCAGGCCGACCAGCCGAUGGAGCCGGGCAUCACGCACCACGACGAACCCGACGAGUUCGCCGCCAAGACCGAGAGCGUCUUCGCUUUCGCUCAGCCCCAUCCGAGACUAAGGCAUUCAAAGGGCAGCCUGGACGUGCUCUACUUCAAGUUCUCGGACAAGGUGUUACAGCACAGGGUGACGCGAGCGGAGCUGUCGCUGUGGAUCUACGGCAUGCAAGAGAGUCGAGAUCAGUCGGACGACGGACGAGGAGGAGGAGGAGGAGGAGGAGGAGGCGAUGGAGGAGGAGCCACGCUACUCGACAAUUACGAGUCUGCGGAAAGUAGCACGAUAACGAUAACGCUGCAGCGUGUGAUGCGCGGCUCGACCGAGGCCAGCGGGCCACCGCUCGGGCCGGCUCUCACCACGAAGCAUCGCAGACCUGCGGGCAGGCGCGGCACCUGGGUUACCAUCGAGCUCAGACGCAUGGUCGCCGAAUGGUUCAAGCACCCGCGCGACAAUCUCGGAGUUGCGGUCAAAAUCAGCUUGGCCAAUGGCCGCCGACCAAGCCGCAGCUCCAGGCCCGUGGAGACCAGUCCGGACGCCGACAACGCGCCCUAUCUCGAGGUACAGACACAGGAGCUGGACUCGAGGCGAGGAGCUAGGAUAAAGAGGAAUGUCGGGCUCAAUUGCGACGAAGCCAGCCAAGAGACAAGGUGCUGUCGGUACAAGCUCACCGUCGACUUUGAAAAGUUCGGUUGGGACUGGAUUAUUGCGCCUAAAAAGUACGACGCAAAUUACUGUUCGGGUGACUGUCCGAUGGCAUUUCUACCGGCAUAUCCGAACACGCACAUCGUCAGUCUGGCCGAACCACCGAACACAACGGGGCCGUGCUGCGCGCCUCGCAAGCUCUCGGAGAUCACGAUGCUCUACUUCGACAACGAGUACCAGAUUGUCUUCUCACGGUUGCCUGGCAUGGUCGUCGAGCGUUGCGGCUGCUCAUAGUUUUCUCAAUCUUCAAGAGGAUCGAGGCCGUGACAGCAGAUCAGCAGAUCGAGAGGUGAUUUAUCAUAUAUUCGGCAGCGCGAACGAUAAGAAAUUUCGCCUUUGUCGAAAUAAACUGAAGUUUAUGUAAGAGCUUUCGUAACAAGAGACAGAGAGACUGCUCUGGUGAUGGGCACGUGUGUGUGUGUGUGCGUGCGUGCGUACAUGCAUGGGUGCGUGUGGGCGUGUGUGCGUGUGCGUGCGUUUUCAUUCUCUAACAUUCUUUUCUUUUUUGUUCUAUUUCUUAUUUUUCAUCGAUAGACUGAAGUGCUUUGUAGAUGUGGCUGCCGCAAACGAGAGUCGAUCGAACUUGAGUAACGAGGGUGUCGAUUGGCUAGUAAAUUCUUCGUAUAGAAUAGGGAAGAGACGUGCGCGCUCCACGACAAUUAUUAAACGACAUCACCAGGCUCUCUGCACAAUAGUAUUAUCUAUCGCACGCAAUGCUAAUGAUAAAUCCUUUGCUUAGAGAAUAAUAAUUGGCACAAAGUAUCGAUAGAAAAUAUACAGUAAUUUUGUUUAAAAAUAUGAAAGUAAAGGGAACAUUCUUUUCGACGGAUCUUUCAAAAAACCUUACAGUUGUAAUACCAUUAUUCAUAGUGUGCACUGCUGAACUGUUUUUCUUAGCAU